AUAAACUUAGCCACUGCAUUGCAAACCUAUGGUCGCUUAUUAGUCAUUUAUGACAAGCAACCAAAUGGUGCACUACCUACCUACGCAACAGUCAUGCAAACUAGAAAUUCAGCUGGAACAGCAUCAAAUACCGCCUUUAGUGAUCCUAACUUUGACAACAAAGAAAGGUUCACUAUCCUUAGGGAUAUUACUAUGGUACUCCCUUCAGUUACCAACACCGCAGGUGUGUUAACUAAUAUAGGAUUUGACCAACAAUCAAAAAAUGAUAUUAAUGCUUUUAACAUUGAUAUUUAUAUUAAACUUAAAGGAUUACAUACUGCUUAUACAGGUGCAACCGCAGGAAUAGCAGAUAUCAGUACAGGUAAACCACCAGCUAAAAAACAACAACAAAAGAGAAAAAGACCAACUCAAUUUGCCCCAGUACCUCAAAUAUAUAGAAGAGGACCUAGAAUGGAAAUCAAAUACUGUGACAUUGCAGCUUCCGACGACAAUUUUAAUUUAGUCGGAGGGACGCCAUGGGUUCUACUUAAUGGUGUCGUUCAAGGUGCAGGCAACAAUCAACGUAUAGGAAACAAAAUAUCUAUGAAAGCACUUAGAAUGAAAGGACAAAUCAUAAACUUAGCCACUGCAUUGCAAACCUAUGGUCGCUUAUUAGUCAUUUAUGACAAGCAACCAAAUGGUGCACUACCUACCUACGCAACAGUCAUGCAAACUAGAAAUUCAGCUGGAACAG